CCUCCCUGUGAUGUCAGCGGAAUCUUGAGCUGGAUUGAGGGAAAGGCCCACGAUUUCCCCCGCUAGAGGGUUCCAGAUGGGGUGGACCCAGGGGUGGCCGCCCGGGGCCGGAGCUCCAGCCUCGCGUCCCCGGGCGCCGCCCCCGUGUCCCGCCCGCGCCACGCUCCGCCCCGGUCGCCGCUCGUCCCGCGUGGGAGCCGACCCGGCUCAGCCUGAUUUACGGCUCUGCUGAAAACCGCUCGCGCGGCUCCCGCAGCAUCAGCACCGGUGGCUGCAGCGGCAGCAACAAGUCGGGACUUUCAGAGGGAUGCAACAGACGACUUUUGAGGAAAGCCAGUAUCGUUGGCAGGACUCGCUGGAGAAUGUCGCUGUGUGCCUGCCGUUCCGCUGCCCGAGGUGUGGAGACCAUACCAGAUUUAGAAGCUUGUCGUCCUUAAAGGCCCAUCUGGAAUUCAGUCAUAGCUAUGAGGAGCGGACCCUCCUGACAAAAUGCAGCCUCCUGCCAUCUCUCAAAGACACAGAGCUACUCAGUUCUUCAGAACUCCCGAAGCAGGGGAAACUGCUCCGGGGCCACGCAAGGGUGGCCAAACAGAAGCCGAGCUAUGUUAACUUAUACAGCAUCUCCCACGGGCACUCCAAGGACCCCAAACCCUUCGAGAUGGUGGCAGAGAGACCCGUGUCCUAUGUGCAGACCUACACAGCCGUGGACAUUCGGGCCGAUUCUCUGGAUGCUCCCCGGUCAAGCCCUGGACUUCCCACCCAAGACACCAAAGCUGCUUUCGAAGCUCACGUCAGAGAAAAGUUCAACCGCAUGGUAGAGGCUGUGGACAGGACCAUCGAGAAGAGAAUCGAUAAACUCACCAAAGAGCUGGCCCAGAAAACCGCCGAACUGUUGGAAGUGCGGGCAGCCUUUGUGCAGCUGACUCGCAAGAAGCAGGAAGUUCAGAGGCGAGAACGGGCCCUGAACAAGCAGGUGGAUGUGGCCGUGGAAAUGAUCGCGGUGCUGAAGCAGCGCCUGACAGAGUCCGAGGAGGAACUCCUGAGGAAAGAGGAGGAAGUCGUCACGUUCAACCAUUUCCUAGAAGCGGCUGCGGAAAAGGAGGUCCAAGGGAAAGCGAGGCUCCGGGACUUUAUCGAGAACCUGCUGCAGCGGGUAGAAUUGGCCGAGAAGCAAUUGGAAUACUAUCAGAGCCAGCAGGCCUCUGGCUUCAGCCGUGAUGCUAGCGAGCGCGUGCUCACAGAUGUCUCAUCCAACAGGAAGCCCAGAUGCCUAAGCAGAGGCCAUUCUGUGUGUAACCACCCUGAGCUGAGGACCCAUUUCCAUCUAAAGGGGAGGAGCCACCUGAAGAAAGCCAAGGAGGACCGUGCUGGGAUGCCGCCUGCCAAGACCAUUCAGGAACAAGCUGAUUCUCCUAGAGAAUUCUUCAGACCAGCUAAGAAAGGGGAGCACCUGGGCCUGAGCCGGAAAGGCAACUUCAGGCCCAAAAUGGCUAAAAAGAAGCCUACAGCAAUUGUGAAUAUUAUCUAGAAAGAGAGGGGCGCGG